AGAUACUACAUCGUUUAGAGGGACAUCACUUUGAUAUGUGUGUUGUGUGAGCUCCUAUAUAAACAGCUACAGAUAUGAUCACCAUACUGGUACUUAUUGUGGCCAUGGGAAUUGCGUGUGGACUUGACAACGGUCUGGCCAGAACACCUCCAAUGGGUUGGUUGUCAUGGCAACGGUUUCGAUGCAAUACGGAUUGUGAGAACGAUCCGAAAAACUGCAUAAGUGAGCAGCUGUACAGGGACAUGGCUGAUCGACUGGUUGCCGAGGGUUACGCCGCCCUAGGAUAUCAGUACGUCAACAUUGAUGACUGUUGGUUAGCAAAGACACGUGAUGCACAGGGUCGUCUCCAGGCCGACCCGAAAAGAUUUCCAAGUGGAAUAAAGGCUCUCGCCGACUAUAUGCAUAAUAAAUCACUGAAGCUUGGAAUUUACGAGGACUUUGGGACAAAAACAUGUGCCGGAUAUCCUGGGAGUGAGUUUUAUAUGCAGCUAGAUGCGCAGACCUUCGCCUCUUGGGGUGUCGACAGCCUCAAGUUUGAUGGAUGUAACUCUGCCAGAUCCGACGUACCUGUUGGCUUUCCCAUCAUGCGGCAAUUUCUAAAUUUAACUGGAAGGCCCAUUCUGUAUACCUGUGAGUGGCCAUUACAACUCAAACACCCGGACUAUAAGGCAGUCGCCGAGAACUGUAAUAUCUUCAGGAUCUUUAAUGACAUCGACGACUCCUGGGAUAGUGUCACGUCAGUCAUCAACUUUUACGGCCAGGACAAGUACAAUUUCAGUGGCGUCGCCGGACCUGGUAAUUUUAACGACCCCGACAUGCUCGUCAUAGGGAACUUUGGAUUGAGCAUCGAACAGGAACGGGUCCAAAUGGCUAUGUGGGCCUUGUUCGCUGCCCCUCUCUUCAUGUCAAACGAUCUGAGGAAUAUUCGACCGGAGUCAAAGGCCAUACUUCAGAACAAGCGUGUCAUCUCCAUUAAUCAAGACCCGCUAGGGAUUCAGGGGAGAUUAAUCUCAACAAUGGGAACUGUUCAAGUAUGGUCAAAACCAAUCUCACCAAAAGGCAAUUUUGCGUUUGCAUUAGUGAAUUUUGCAAACGGUGGCUCAGGAGCACUGGUCUCUGUGAAGGGAUCUUCGUUGGAUUUACAAGACGUUUGUGGUUAUAACAUCACUGACGCGUUCACAGGAAACUUUGUGACAGUAAUUAAACCGAAUACCUUCCUUAAAUACACCGUGGUACCUUCUGGUGUCUUCCUGGGAAUAGCCCAUCUCUUGGUAUAAUGUGUGAUAAAGGAUCUACAUCUCCUGUCAGUACCUACAGACAAAGGGGGCCAACAUUGAAUCUCGUUUUAUGUUUGCAGCGUUUGAAUGCCAUCGGAAUAAACCGGUUAUUUUUCAAAUCUGUAUAACUGAUAUUAAAUGUUUAGUAUAUAUAAAGCAAAUCUUCUCUGCCAGAACGAAUAAUUACAUUUGCUGCCCUAGACACCAUUGACUGAUUGGUGAUAAUAUUCAUAAUCGGGUUGAUGGACCACAUAUGAUUUGUUUAUUAAAAACUCAGAAACAGUAAAGUUAUUUUAUACAAACGUCGGAUUUUGAUGAUAAUUCUGUCAGUUUUAACUGACUGAAAUGUUUGUUUCGUAUUUGUCGAUAAUGUAUUGUUCAUGUUGGGGUUAUUGUCGGAUGAAAACGCUUACUUCAAUUUUCAGUUCCCUCAAUAUGUGCAGCUGCACUAUUUGUAUUCAUUUACAAUUUAUUUACAAUUUUGAUGAGCUUUGUAUAUUAUUGUUAUUAUUCUGUAUAUCUACAAGCAGCUAUUUAUUUGUAUUGUUAUCAUUUAUUUUACUGGUUCUGUUUUGACAGGUAAUACUAUAUUAUUUCUUUUCAAUUUUGUCGAUCGUAGGCAGAAUACAAUUAAUACUAUAUCUUUUAAGAAUGUUUUCAGAAAUCUAUGAACGUUUGCACAAUCUUUAGGUAUAGUGUUUUCAUCUGAACUAUUGAGGUAAAAAAAUCUUUCUUUACCUGAUAUUCAAGAUAUAGCAGAUAAAGCAGUUAAGCUCCCUCACACCUUUCAUUUUAUUUAUUUUUAAAUCCUUAUUCCUAAAUUUUUGCUAAUUUAACACUUGAUUAAUAGUCCUGAUAACUAACCUUUUUAAUAUGCACUGGAGUGAAAGAAAAUUUGUUUCUCCUCUUACACAGUCAAAAACUGGGUGUCACUUUGCUUUUUUGCCAUAUUGUUUAUCGUUAUUUUUCACGUUUUGCAGGAUCAAAAACGAAAGGGCUUUAGAUGAUGUAAAUGAACAAUAAACACCAAUUUCCCACUGUUAUAUGUCAUAUUUUCAUAAUAUUGGACAUUAAAAGCAUGUAUAGCAAAAAUCAACUUGAUCCAAUUAAAAACUGCAAACAAUGGGUAUUUCGUU